AUGCUCGGGGCGCUUCUCCUCCUCGCCACAGCAUUCCCAAGUUUUCUAGAAGCUGUCAUCUGCCAAACUUGCGUGGAGACAAAUGGCGCUUGCCUAAAAUUCCAAGACUGUGGCAACAACUACUGUAUUUACGAAAAAAUCACCUCCGACUCACAAACGGUAGUGCGAAAAUCGUGCCAAGCCGCCAGCAGCUACCGAUUUGACGAUGGUAGCGUCACGCAGCUGACCAAUCGAUGUAUAAGGAGAAGAACCGCCACACACGCGUACGAGAUCAAAAUCUGUAACGACGCCGAUCACUGCAACGAGGAUUGCCAGCUUGUGGGGGAUGACGCGAAUUUGAGGCGCUGUAUGCAGUGCACGGGCCAAACAGAUGCAGAAUGCUACGGGGAGACUUGCUACGGGAAAUACUGUACUUAUGAAAAAACCACGACUGGCAAUCAGCACCGGAUCAAGAAGGGGUGCACAAAUGAAAAUUGGCUUUUAAUGCCAAAUAAUCAAUAUUUGAGGGAGGCAAACAUGUGCGAGGCGGGAAUCUCCCAAGGCACCGCCUACUCCGCAAAGAUCUGCGAUGACGGUGACUACUGUAACAAUUUCUGCGCCAGGCCCCUGCCACCAACUCAGAAUACUCUAACCUGUGGUGUCUGCUCAGCCCAAAACGUGCGGGACUGCAGCCCUGAUCGCUAUUGCCAGGGCGCGUAUUGUGUAUAUGAACGCGUUGAUACACUCGGGCAAGUGAGGGUGGAAAGGAGGUGCUCGGAUCAGCCGUAUAUCCAAUUCCCGGAUGGGAGCCGUAGUCAGACGACGAAUCAGUGUGAAUCGAGAACACUUUCCAAUGGUGAAAACCGCUUCAUCGAGGUGUGCAACACUGGCAACUUCUGUGCGACAGAUUGUGUUCGACAACCAGUCCUCACGACUCGACCCGCCUUCGAUUCUUUGGUAACCUGCUAUGAAUGCACCGCAAAUGAGCCAGAUUGUUACACGGGCACCUGCCGGGGUCAUUACUGCUAUUAUUAUCUUGUGUUCGAUCGGUCAAAGGGCAUUGCAAAAUCGCAUCGAGGAUGUUCCGAGCAUCGCGAGCUGGAUUUGGAGGGGAUUCCGAUUGACGCCUAUGGACAGUGCCGUCAAAUCUCCACAGCAGAUCGCGUAAUCCUGGCCAACACUUGUGAUUCGAUGGACCACUGCGACUCGGGUUGUACGCAAUUUGCUGCUGCCCUUACCAAUGAGGUAACCUGCACAAGCUGCCGCGGCGCCGGGAACACCUGCCAGGGACCGAUGUGUGUCGGGAAGUACUGCUACUACUAUCGCGUCUACCAGCAGGGCCUCGGGAAUUCGGUGCAGCGAGGGUGUGUCGAUGCACCGGAAACGACGCUUCCGGACGGGAAAGUCAGCCACGCGUACAAUCAAUGCGAUUAUGGCACCUUCGAGAACAAGGCGUUCGUCUACAACACGUGCAACAGCAGCAACGUGUGCGACACGGAAUGUAUGCACCAGCCGAUACCGUUGACCACCACAUACCGUAGCCCGACCACGUUACGUCCCGAGCCGGUCACGCGCUCGGCUGGUCGAGCAUUGAUUUUGUUACCGUUUGUGUUCCGGACUUUCCAGAUGUUGUUU